GUCUGCCUCCUGUGCACCGUCUUUGCCAGCUCCACAAGCACAUCAGAUGCUCUAGCCUGUCCUCCUUGGUCCGCUAUUCGUUCGGCUCGGUAAAUUAGGACACGGAUUCCGCAUAACUUCAGCUACUCACUGUUACUACUAAGCUGUGGCAACAUCGUCAUUGGCCUACGUCGAACGAGAUCAGCUUUCGUUUGCUCGAGUAUUUGGAAGGGGGAAUAUAGAAUGGAUAUCCCGAGGUGCGCUCCAAGAGGGCCGGGAGGCUCGCCGCCGGCCAUAUACAUCGAGGAGUCGAGCCACUUCGAUCAUCAUUAUGGAGGUCCGGGCCGGUCUCAUAUGCAAUCGAGAUUCCAAACUUCUCUAGCCUCUUCUACUCCUAUGCCAAUAUCUAAUAGGGUUCGUCUCGCUGAAGACGACGCACCGCCGCCGUUACCUCCUCCGAAAUACUUGCCCGGGUUUGGACAGCCAGCACCUACUCGACACGACCGCAUUCCUUCGAUUGAUUCCAAUGCAAGCUGGGAUAGUACAAAACAGGAAUCAGAACACGAUCGGCUUCCGUAUGGUAGGCCUGACAGUGAUCGUGGGAUAGGACGACCUCAUAGAGACGAAGGCUAUCACAGUCUCAAUUCGACCAUCUCAUCAUUAGGAUCCCAGGAUUCUCUCCCUAAGAAACUCUUCAUGUCUCACGAUCAGUACCAAUUUAACAGACCGAACAGCAACGACUACGACAGUUCGUUAAUUAAAAAGUUAGAUUCCAGACGAACAUUCGACAACAGGACCCCGCCUCGACGGUCUGCUCUUAGUGCUUCUGUGUCGGGCUUGGCUGCGCAAGAACAACAACAGCAGCAACAGCAACGUCUGUAUACCUCUCAAAUAACACCUCUUUCUCUCCCUAUCCGGCCGAGUAAUACGUUGGUAAUCGACUCCCCCGGUCGUUAUACGGACACUCCCCCGCAGUCUGCACUCUCCCCGCGUGGGCCCUCGUUCUACGGGGCUUCGAGCAGUGAAUACCGUUCGCCCAUUGAACCUAUGGAUCUAGAUCGAUCGCCAUUUGCGCGGACGAGAAGGAAUAACAGUGGUUCGCUACCCGAUGAUGCAACGAUAUCCACACACAGCAGCUACGACAAUGCAGAUGAUAAUGACUUUCCGAUGGAGGAUAGGUCGCAGACUGAGGAGUACAUGUUGCGAUCAGAGCACCAGGCCAUUGGGCAGAAGAGACGGGCUUCCUCACCGCCUGGAGAUGACGUCCCGAUGCAGGGCAUGGCUGGCUUGUGCGACCCGUUACGACGUCGUGAGGGCGCAUCCAGGGCAUCUCCGACCCCGCGUCUCUCCGGCAUCCCUCCCGCUUCUAUUCCUUCCGUUCCAUCCACCACGCGAAGUGGAUCUUUUGCUUCAAAUGCCUCACUUACGACUAACCUGUCAAGUCUUAAUUCUUAUACUACUGGGAGAUCACCUGGCGGCUUGUCUAGUGGAGGGCUUUCGCCUGUUGACGUCAUUUCAAAUUCGCCUUAUAGCAUCUCGAAUUCUCUCAGUCACUCGCCACGCUCUUCGCUUGCACGUAUUCCCCAUCAACGUAACAUGAGCAGUGAAACCAGGCGCCUUGCAUCACCCCGUAAGGUGAGCGAACUAGCUAAAUCCGGUAUUUCAAAAAUACCUGGUGGUUACUUGAUGUGCGAAUGCUGUCCUAAAAAGCCGAAAAAAUUUGAGACGGCAGAAGAAUUAAGCGCCCAUCAGGCAGAGAAACAAUACGAGUGUUCGUUUUGUGGAAACCGCUUCAAAAACAAGAACGAAGCUGAGCGCCAUCAAAAUAGCUUGCAUGUAAGGCGACAUAGUUGGUCAUGUUCCGCGCUGCAUAGUGUGCGAUACCACCGCGCGUUUCACGAGAGCACCAAUCGACCUGGUGAAGCAGAUACAUGUGGUUACUGCGGAGAAGAAUUCGAGCGCCACGGUGGUGUUGGGCGUCCACGGCAGCCAACGGACCAGGAUUGGGACGAACGACUGAAACACCUUCAAGAGGUGCAUAAAUUCCGCGAGUGCAACUCGAGUAAGAAAUUCUACCGCGCAGAUCAUUUUCGACAGCAUCUUAAGCAUAGCCACGCGGGGACCAGUGGUAAAUGGACUAAUAUGUUGGAAAAUGCAUGCAUGCUCGAUGAAGAGCCACCACAACCGUCAAGAUGAGCCAAUUGAACUGACCAUCAGCGACGGGGUUGGGUAGCAAUACUGCGCGGGGUUUUCGAGAGGGAAAAAAAAAAAAGAAUCUACAAGCUGUGGAUGCGAAUUAUUAGGGUUUCGUUGGUUGGGGGGGAUUAAUGUGUCCAUCGACGCACAACAACCGACGUACAAUUGGGCGGUGGGAUGAAAGGGAUCAGUCGAAAAAGCAGGAGUAAUCAAUCAAUCGUGCGCGGUGCGCCUCGGAGUCUCACCUCAUCUGGGAGCGGGCUGGUCUUCUUUGCCGAUCUCCCGCCCGUUGGAUGCAUCCUCACGGAGAUAAAUUAAAUGGUCGGUUGCGGCAUGAUUACCAAGUCGAUGCCUUAUACGACAGGCCUAAACCGGAUGGUAAAAGUCUUGGCUCUAGCUACCAAUGUUCUAUAUUCCAUAUUCAAUAUUCCAGCCGAGGCGAGUAGGCGCUACUAACGCGCAUUGGGAUAUAGUAGGGUGGGAUCCCACGUUGUCAAUGGCUAAUUUACGAAACGUAAAUGCUCGCUGACGGCACCGUUCCAUUCCAACGGGUAUUUGUGGUUUAAUAGAGCUUAUAAGGAGGUGUGGUUCGUCAAUCUCGAUUUGAGCCUAUCAACAGUUGAGUACCUCUUAUAAGGUAUUUAUUAUCA